AUGUCUUCCGCGCCUGCGGCCGCCGCAGCACCUUCUGCCACCGCCACUGCGACAGUCCACAACGGCACCCCCAACGGCACACACACAAACGGCAGCACUCACAAUCGUCCCGCCAAGCGCCCCAACAACGCGAAUCGCAGCGGCGGCAACCGCAAGCCCAAGCAGCAGAGGACUAAGCGCGAGCGCAAUAUCACCGAAGGCUCCACGGAGGAGGUCCUCCGCUGCGACAUUGACGCUCUCCUCAAGGCCCGCCGCGAGGCCGCCGACGGCGAGCCGGAGGACGCCGCCUCUACCGCCACCCCGGAGGCUGACCUGCCGGAGCCCUUCACCGAGAUUGAAGUCGAGAUCCACGAGUUGUCCUCGACCGGCGACGGCCUCGGCAUGGUCGCUGGCAGCGGCUCCGAGCAGGUCUACGUCGUGCCCUUCACCGUCCCCGGCGACACCGCCCGCAUCAAGGUCAUCCGGCACGUGCGCGGCGAGGGCCACUCCCACGCCGACUUCGUCUCUGUCACGAUGCCCUCGCCGCUGCGCGACGACGCCCGCGUGCGCUGCCGCUACUUUGCGCGCUGCGGCGGUUGCCAGUUCCAGAUGCUCGACUACGCCGAGCAGCUGCGCCGCAAGCGCCGCAUCGUCGUCAAGGCCUACGACAACUUCGCCAACCUACCCCGCGCCCUCGUCCCCGAGGUCCGCGACACCAUCGGCAGCCCGCUCCAGUACGGCUACCGCACCAAGCUGACCCCGCACUUUGAUGGCCCGCCGGGGUUCCGUCCGGCCAAGCGCGGGAAGUCGGAGGCCGCCUCGUUCAGCGCCUGCCCGGACAUUGGCUUCAUGCAAAAGGGCCGCCGCAAGGUCAUGGACAUCGAGGACUGCCCGAUCGCGACCGAGGCCGUGCGGGUGGGCAACACGCGCGAGCGCAAGCGCAUGCAGGACGAGUACACGAAUUACAAGCGUGGUGCGACGCUGCUCCUCCGCGAAAACACCACUCGUCAUCCCAAAGACAGCGAGGCUGCCAAGGCAGAACUCGCACCGUAUACGGUCAAGUCUGAGUCUGGCGACUUUGUCGACGUCAAGUCGUGCGAGACCGACUCCAAGGCCACCACCACCGAGUACAUUGACGACUACAUCUUCACCAACCCCGCCGGCUCCUUCUUCCAGAACACCGCCCCCGCCCCAGCCGCCGACCGCACACCAACCCGCCCCAUCAAGUACCUCAUCGACGCCUACUCCGGCUCCGGCCUCUUCACCAUCACCCUCUCCUCGCUCUUCCAGCGAUCCAUCGGCAUCGACAUCGCCGGCGCGUCCAUCGAGUACGCGCGGCGCAACGCCGCCCUCAACGGCCUCGCCGAGGACCGUUGCCGCUUCAUCGCCGCCGACGCCGGCGAGCUCUUCCGCUCCGUCGCCGCCUACGACCCGGACGAGACCGUCGUCGUGCUCGACCCCCCGCGCAAGGGCUGCGACGCGAGCUUCCUCGCGCAGCUGCGGAAGUUCGGCCCGCGUCGCGUGCUGUACGUCAGCUGCAAUGUGCACACGCAGGCGCGCGACGUGGGCGUGCUGGUGCGCGGCGAGGGCGAGGGCAGGCGCUACGAGAUUGAGAGCCUGGUCGGGUUCGACUUCUUCCCGCAGACGGGCCACGUGGAGGGCGUGGCGAUAUUGAACAGAGUGGAGGAGGAGGGCGAAGCGACGCAAAAUUGA